UUUAACUUGCAAAAGAACAAAAAAGAAAAAGGGCGCCCAAAACCCAAACGAAAGCUUCAAACCACUGGACUCAUUUCUCCGUACUAUAGUCAAUAGCUAGGGUUUUUCAGUUCUAUCUGUGACCAAGUUAGGGUUUUUCAGGCUCGUCAUGGAUCGCCUUCGCCCUAGAGAGAGACGGCUGUUUUCUGGCUUCACAAAACUCGAGGUGAGCUAUAUUCAAACGUUUGUUUUUUGAUGUAUUGUUUCGAUAGUGCUGCAAUGGAUGGAUACUCUCAUGCCUGUGAAUUUAGCUCAGAGGAAUGUGGAAAAAAUGGAGAAGGUGCUCAAGGAAUCAGGAGAACAGGCAUUGAACCCAGAUUUCUGCAAAAGACUAACGGGUGGUUUUAAUCGCUCUUCAGGUCGUGCUGGGAAACCUGCUAUAAAAUGGAUUGAGGUGCAAAGUUGGUUUCAGGAUAGGCUACAAGAGUGCACGCACAAAGUUUCUUGUCCACCUAAUGUCUCCAAGGAACUGUGUGUUUUACCAGAAACAUUCCCUUCAAAUAAGCUACAUGAAAGUUCUCAAAUGCCUGAAGGAGACCCAGAUUUAUCAGAAUUAGAAUUUGAGGCACGGUCAUCCAAAGAUGGGGCUUGGUAUGAUGUUGAUACAUUCCUCACCCACAGAUUUCUUAGUUCAGGUGAACUUGAAGUUCGUGUAAGAUUUGUUGGAUUUGGGGCUGAGGAGGAUGAAUGGGUAAAUGUGAAAAAGGCGGUGCGUGAACGCUCUCUCCCCCUGGAGCAUUCAGAAUGUCACAAAGUUAAGGUUGGAGACGUCGUUCUCUGCUUCCAGGAAAGGAGGGAUCAAGCAAUCUACUAUGAUGCCCAUGUUGUAGAAAUUCAAAGAAAAAUGCAUGAUAUAAGGGGAUGCAGGUGUCUCUUCUUGAUUCGAUAUGACCAUGACAACACAGAGGAAAGAGUUCAUCUGAGGAGAUUAUGUUGCAGGCCAACAUGUUAAAUUUGUCAGAAAAUGGCAUCGACAAUAUAGGUAUGGUUGGAAAUCUUUUAGGGUUUUUGGUGGGGGGAUAGCUUAGUUGGUAUCAAGGGGUAUAUAGAUUGGUGAAAUGUAGUGUACAGGGUUGUCGAAUGUAAUGUAAGUGUUUACGAACUCAACUGGGAUUCCAUAUUUUAUAUGCUUAGACAGCAUUUAUCUUGCCAAGCCCAUUGUGGUAUUCAGCGUUUGCUUUUUGGCAACUGCAGUGAAUUAAAUGCUGCUGAGAUUGAUUGACCAGCAA